CCGACAGCAGCUCCUGCAUGUUGAGCAGAUAUCACAAAUUGAAAUGGCAGCAAGAGGUCUUGGAUUCGUCUACUCGGCGGCGAUCCCUGCAGCGAUCGGCUACGGUCUGCUGCAAUCCUCCAUCUACGACGUCAAGGGCGGCACGCGGGCCGUAAUCUUCGACCGGCUAUCGGGUGUCAAGGAGACAGUAGUCAACGAGGGGACGCACUUCCUUAUCCCAUGGCUGCAGAAGGCCAUCAUCUUUGACGUGCGGACCAAACCGCGCAUCAUCCCGACGACGACGGGCAGCAAGGAUCUGCAGAUGGUCAGCUUGACGCUGAGAGUUUUGCACCGGCCCGAGGUGAAGGCGCUGCCCAGGAUCUACCAGAGCCUCGGCCAAGAUUACGACGAGCGCGUGCUCCCGUCCAUUGGCAACGAAGUGCUCAAAUCGAUUGUGGCGCAAUUUGACGCGGCCGAGCUGAUCACGCAGCGCGAGGCCGUCUCGGAGCGGAUCCGGGCGGACCUGAUGAAGCGGGCGAGCGAGUUCAACAUUGCGCUCGAGGACGUGUCCAUCACGCAUAUGACGUUCGGCAAAGAGUUCACCAAGGCGGUCGAGCAGAAGCAGAUUGCACAGCAGGACGCCGAGCGGGCGCGCUUCAUUGUCGAGAAAGCCGAGCAGGAGCGCCAGGCCAACGUCAUCCGCGCCGAGGGCGAGGCCGAGAGCGCCGACAUCAUCAGCAGGGCCAUCGCCAAGAGCGGUGAGGGCCUGAUCCAGAUCCGCAAAAUUGAGGCGAGCAGGGAGAUUGCCCAGACGCUGGCCAGCAACCCCAACGUGGCGUAUCUGCCGGGCGGCGGCAAAGGGACGAAUCUGCUGAUGAACGUAGGCAAGCCAUAGGUGGGAGUGGGCGUGGGAGGACGGUGUUGAUGACACGAUAAGUCGGAUGAGUGCUGUGUAUUACUACUCUAUGACUGCUAUAUAUUCCCCUUUCUGCUCAUUCCAGGGUCUGCGUAUCCAUCAGUUGCCAACACGCUGGCGCUGUUCUCGGCGUCAACGGGUUUGCUGGCCAUCGUUUCCAAGACGUGUUGUGUCAGACAUCAGCGCCUAACUAUGACAAAGGAUAGGCUAUCUUUGGUCUGUGGAACACUUCCAAAGUGAAGGGCGAUGAUAUCUGGAUGUGCUCCGGAUAUAAUAUUGAGCUCCUAACCCUCCAAGCAUCUUUGGAAAAGAGAUCCC